AUGGAGAAGAAGCAAGAGACAACUUCGGGCACUUAUGUCGAGACAUGUUCGACCUCCUCGACCAGAUCUCAGACCUCGUUAGUCUCAUCUAAUGUAUGGUGCACACGUUUCAGUAUCACAUCUAUGUCUCCAAAACACCUCCCGGAUUUCCUUGGCCAAGUUGUCUAUAAAACAUCUGUGCUUCACCUUCAACCGCGCCAAAUGACGAUUGAUAUGGCAGUGUUAGGAGGGAUGCAAGAUCGAACAGGUUCCACUCUCAUUGCUCCUUUGUCACACAUGAGAAUAUCGCUCAUUAUUCAAGCAUCCAUCACGAAUACUCAUACGAUAUCAUCAUGCACUUCGCCAGCGACGAGCGAGGUCGAAGUAGACGAUUUGGCUGUUCUCGUUUCGCAGCAACGUUUUCGAGAUGAUGAUGGGUUGACGCGCGAGGAGCGGGCGUUUUUUGACAGAGUUGUUUCUGAAUGCACCUCACUGCGAGCGGCUAUGGACGCUGGAGGGAUUGGUACGUCAUCGUCACAGGGAACAUCACAGCUUCAAAGGACGAAAUCAUCCCCCGGCUCGGAGUUGAUUCGUCUUGAUGACACGGAGCAAACGAUGAGCACUACUAGCACGUGGCAUGACGAAAUUGAUUCACUCGAAUACAUCGAUGGAGUCGACGAUCGCGAUCCUCUGAUACCGGGCACAUCAUCUGCAGUGGCUUCUGUUAGCUCAGCUCCCAGUUCGUCAGCGGCGGUGAAAGCUGGCCAACAACGGGACAGCGAUGACAUCAAAGCGCAUCUUGAUAAGUUAGCAAGAAUCGCAGGACAGCUCAGUCAUCGUCAUGCAGAUUUCAACCCUAAGCGAGACCGUGCGUCCAUAAACAAGAUGCGUUCACAGAUGAAAGAACUGCUUCGAAGGGUGAACGAAAUCGAGAAGAAGGUGGGCAGUGGAGAUGUAAGAGGCGAAGUGAGGCAGUUGAUGCGCACUUUAGAAGAAAUGAAAUGCGCUCUUGGAGAGGGCCCGGCGCCGAAAUCGACGUCGGCAACUCCUAUCCUCACAAUGCACAAUAAGACGCCAUUCUGGAAUGAACAUAAUCAGGUGUACCAGGUGGAAAUGGAUGGAAAACAGGUGUUGCAAUUUGGGCGAAUCGAAGGUGGUGCAUACACUUUGGAUUUCCGCCGACCAUUCUCUGCAACUCAAGCAUUCGCCGUCGCUCUUGCAACAAGUAUCACACAAAGACUGAAG